AUGUACAUUUUUGGUAAGAAUCCCUGUAUUUUGCGAUUUUACUUUAGCAGAGAAAUCUUGAACUGUAUUGGUAUUCGAAUGAUAUGGUAGAACUUGAGAAUUUUGGGAUUGUCUUCCCUGGUGUGAUAUUGAAAUUCCUGAUGCAAUCUAACUCUGUCCAUUUCCUGAGACUGGAAUCCGAUAUUUACCAUGGAUCCUGGCACCGGGAGAGGAACACAAGGAAAUGGUUGAUUUAAUCUAAAGUUUGACCUUCAUCGUAUUCAUAACCAAUACUCUAUAAACCUGAGAGACUUAAAUUACAUUUAUUCAAAUUUAACAAGAUAAUGGCUACUACACCAUGUACACCUAAAGAUGAACAAAGUUGAGGAUGCAGCAAGUGAUUCAGAAGUACUUUUCUUUCUUCAAAUUGUGGUCUAUCAAAGAUUCCAAGCAAAACUACAUUAAAACUAAGUGAUCGUUUAGAUACCUUGUAUAGUAUUCAAUAAGCUUUCAGUCUACCCUACCGAAACUUGUGUGAACAGCCUUCUAAAUGAAGGUCAUUCAGGCCUAUGUGAACAUGAACAGCUUCAGAAUCCAACAACUGGAAGUAGGCUCAAGGUGCACAAAACCUUUCUAACCAAGCAGAUCACUAAGUCUUGUGUGAACAUGAAUAAUCUGGGGAUUCAGCAGGAUUCUCAGACUACAUUCAACACCAACAACCCUGGAAUGUUCCAGUUACCAGAGCCUAAUGUGAACACAGAAAAAGCAUUAAAUACCACGGCUCGGCGCCACAGUUCUACAGAUGCUGUCGCUAACACAAAUGGUAUGAACCAUGCAAUGGUCAGUAAUCAAAGCAUUUUGAUUAAUCUGAAUAGCAGUGUUCAAAAUGGUGUUACUCUGAAUCAGCUUGUUAAUAACAAAACAUUACCAGGGAACAAUUCAAAAACACUAUUACCAGCAGAUGUGGAGGUUACAGAACAGAGGUUUUCGGUCAUCCUUCAACCUGUGCAGAAAGGGGAUCCACCACCUGUCCCAAACUUGGAUCCACCACCAGUCCCAAACUUGGAUCCAUCACCACAACUGGAAAAUGUUCAAGUGAAAAUAGAGGAAAGCUCAGAUGUUGAUGAAGCCCAGCCUUCCAUCUCUAUAAAGGAGGAAGAAAGUGUUGAAAAUUGUCUUGUUGCAGUAAGUAAAGCCCAAAAGGAAGAUUUAACAGACAGUCGUAGCAAAGGAAAAAUGAAUGAAACUGGCUUCAAGUUUUACAAGUGUGGAAUUUGCGAUGAGGCUUUUUGUGAUUCAUUAGAUCUAGAGAAACACAUUCGACAGCACAACAUACUAACAGUCCAAAGUGAAACCAUUAAAUGUGGGUAUUGUGAAGAGAUUUUCUUUUCUAAAAUUUAUGCAUUACAUCAUCUGAUGUGUAUCCAUGGUAUAGAUUGUAAGAAACCAAAAGAUGGAAUGGAGGAGGUUAAUUUACCAACCUAUGAGAGUGAUGAAAAUUCCGUGAAAACUCUUCGAGUCAUUCGAACAAAAAUACCAAAAUGUUGGAUAUGUGGAAUAGUAUUACCAAAUUUGGAGAGGUAUGAAAAACAUAAAAAGAACAGCAGUUGUGCUUUUGUAUGGUAUUGUUGUGUUUCUUGUGGGAAACAAGUUGGGAAAAAAACUUUGAAAGAAGUACCACUCCCAGAAGAGUUACUAUGCAAUCAGUGUCAUCAGUCAGGGAACAAGCCAAAAGAGAAGGCAGCAACCAUGAUGGAGCAAGAGAAACAAGGAAGUGAAAUGAUUUUAGGCCCUGUGCAACCAAGUAUUGUAGGUUCUGGCUGUAAAAAGUGUGGAAAGAAUAAGCAAAGCAAACAAGGAAACCAAAGAAAUCAAAGCAAACAAGGAAACCAAAGAAAUCAAAGCAAACAAGGAAACCAAAGAAAUCAAAGCAAACAAGGAAACCAAAGAAAUAAAAUAAAUUUAGAUGGUGGGAGUCAUUUUGCGAGUUGUGAUUCUAAAAUUGCAAAAUUGUAUAAAUGUGAUCAGUGUGAACGGGCUUACAUGUACUACUCUUCCCUUCGGCAUCACAAACUUACACACUCAAAAGAAACAUUUGCAUGUGAUAAAUGUCCAAAAAUAUUCAAAUUGAGAGAAGUUUUUAAAAGACACCAGAAUGUACACGAGCCUCCAAAGUUUCAGUGUGAUGUAUGCGGAAGGAAAUUGAGGUCUAAACAGAAGCUCAUAGAACAUAAGAGAAUACAUAGUGGCGAGAAGCCAUUUCUCUGUGAAAUCUGUGGAAGGGGAUUCCAUAGUCGGAUGGCAAGAUUUUUUCACAUGUAUUCCCACGAUCCCUCAAGAAAGAGUCUGUGCGAGAUUUGUGGGAAAUUCUACACAGGCACGUCUUCUUUGAGACUUCAUCAGAUUAGGCACAAAACCCGCAGCAGUUUGAGUAUGGAAGAAAAACUUUGCAUUUUGCCAUGGGUUUGCAAUAUUUGUGGCAAAGGCUUUUGUAAAAGACUGCGAUAUGAAAAGCACAAAUUAAAUGUACAUGGACAGGAGCGUGAAAAGAAGAGUGUUCAUUUAAAGAAGAAAAAACCUGUUGGUCUAAUCAUAUGUUACAUUUGUGGAAAAUCUCUCUCCAGAAGUUCUCUUUCAGCUCAUAUUGCCCACCACAAAGGACUAAUGUGGACUGCCUGUGAGAAGUGCAAUAUGGUAAUGCAUAAACGCUCUUUGAGAAGGCAUAUGUUAAGAAUGCACCAUACAACAUUUACAAAUGAAUAAUUUCCAUGAUUACCAAUUUUAACAAGUUAUUACUUACAUUAGAAAUAUAUCAUAUUGUAAAUUAAAAUGCUCAAGUGAAAUUAUUUUACAUUUAUCUUCUUACAUUGGCAUGCAUAAUUAUUGUGUUACUAAAUUAUCUUUUUUUUUUAGUGAGGCAGUCUGUUUCCCAUAUGACAAUAAUAAUAAUUAUAUAGUACACUGUUUUGCAAAAAUACAUAUCUGUAUACAUUUAGAGAAAUUUGAAUAAAUUUUAAUAUUCUGUAUGCCUUAUGUU